ACGAGCUGUGGGAAGCAGAGUGGACAGGGAGAGAGAGUGGAUGUCCAGCCAGAGAGAACCAGGAGGAAGCAGUUAAAGUGCUAGCAGGAGGUCACAGAGUUGGAAGCUUUAGAUUGCUACACAAUGGAGGUGCAUACAGAGUGUGCAGACCCUCCCGCAGCCCCUCAAUGUGACCCCCAGCCCACUGGGAAGAUCAACAAAGCUGCCAUGAAGCUCUUCGGAAAGCGACGGACUGGCUCUGGAAUGGCCAGCUUCUUCUCCUUCAGGAACAAAGGAGCCACGCUGAGUGGGACAAAUGGGAAUUCUGACACCGGGAUUUCGGUGAAUGGGAAUGGUUCAAUGUCAUCCGUCGAGCUGGUGAGGAGCAAAACGCAUGAUGGACUCACUGGGUCCAACAAUGACACUGAUGCACAGAGAGGGGAGGGGCUGGAGGUAGGGACUGUGAGGUCGCUCAGUAAAUCGCUAAGUUUCUUCUCUCUGCUACGACGUGGUAGUUUUAGGUCAAGUGAAAAUGGUGGCGGACUUGUGCGGAGAGGGAAGGGCUUGAAGGGCUUUUUCAGCAGCAUGCGAUGGCGACGUAAGGACAAAACAAACGAGGGAGACGGGGAAGAGUUAGAAAGCCAGAAGGACAGGGAUGUUGCUGUCCCUGAAAGGGCAAAGGAUGUCACCCUCACCCUUGAACCGACACCGCAUCAUCCCCGAGAGGAUCAUGGGAAGACAGAGGCAGAAUGUAACCCCCAAGCAGCCAAGGCUCACAUUACCAGUGUUUCUCUGACGCCCAUACACUGUGUGCCAGGCCCAUCUGGUGAGCCAGAUUCCCCCUCUCAUUACAAACCCACUGACUCGCCUUUGCACCCAACUACCAGCGAUGCAAAAGCCUCCGUUUCUAGCCUCACCCCCUCCCUCGCCACGCCCCCCUUGGAGCGUUGCAGCGCAGGUGACCCACCAUCGGAACCCUCGGUGGACCGCCUGUGCUCGCAUCUCUUCAACGACGUCACAUCCCUCAAGAGCUUUGAUUCACUCACCGGCUGCGGGGACAUCAUUGCUGAUGCAGAUGAGGAGACGGUGGGUAAUGGGGGCAGUGGUACCAGUAGCAGCAGCAGCGGGGGAGGCGGUGGCGGCGAAGGGGGAGCUGGUGUGGUUAGGCCACGGGGUGUCACCAGCGCCGCCACUCUCUGCUCCCCAUCAAAGGCCUCUAUACCGUCUCAGUUGGCUCAACCAAUAUUCACUGCAUCUUCUUGCCAAGUGUCAGCUUCUCUUCCUGCCCGUGCCCGGGUCACGUCCACCCCUCAGCCACCCCCAGUGGGCAGUGGAGUGGUGGCCUAUAUGGGUGGCGGGGAGGAAAUGGCAAGUCCAGAGGGAGUGGAUGAUGCAGACAUGCAGGGGCUAUGGCAUAUGUUGCCUUCCAACGGGGACAACUCCCCUGCUCUUUCCCGAUUUCACCAACCCUCCUCCAUCACCUCCACUUACCCCCUGCGCAACCUUGACGCCAUCAACAGCCAUCAACCAUCAGCCAAGCUACCCCAAGUGAAGUCUUUGGGUCUCAGUAAGAUUCCUGUGGUUGGUGGAGCAGGAAGUCGGGCGACAAAACCCUACCUACCUCACAGUCGCAAUCCAGCAUCACCUGGGGAAAAAGAACCACUCAGCGAUGAAGGUUACUGGGAUACACCCUCAGCAACGCCCACAGCAACACCUGUUGAAAGCGGGCUACAACACAAACACAAGAUGUCCCGCGACAGCUGCUCUGGAGACCACCUGUACGACCUCUAUAACGAGGGCGACGACGACCAAAACAGUUCUUCCUCCUUGUCAACCGAAUACAAACUCAGUCCACCUUCUUCUUCGUCCUCCUCUUCCUUCCGGUCCAUGAAAGGCAGCACCAGUCUUCCCCGAGAGUCCAAAAUCCCAGUAAGCGCCAGACAAACAACACCCCCGCACUCUGCGAGCCAAUCAGCGCUGUCGUCCGUCCUGGAGGCUGAAUCCUCGCCGCCAAAGACCCAAGCACCCCCUCCCACUCGCACCAGAAUCCCCGUAUCCAAGGUACCCGUGCGUCGCUCCGGAAACAAACCUAGCGCCACAAGCAGACUUCCCACUAUUGCCUCUAAGAAGUAGCUUCAACUCAAUCCCACGCCUCCAUGAACUCGAGAGGCUGACCCUUCCGUGCUGAGCCAAAGGUUUUUCCCAGCCAAGAAAAAUGUUGCGCUGUGGAGUUAACAGCCUAGAAAUUCCUUUCAAAUCUUAAAAGCGCCCUUUUCAAAAAGGCCAGAACAAUGCAGGCUUGUUCACCUGGGAGAAGUCGCAAAGAGACACCAACAAAACUUGGAUUACUUUGAAAGCUGACCCUGACAAUCCAUGAACUCUGAGAAGUUCAUCUUGCAACUACCUGGGAAAACUGAAAGUCUCAGGGUCUGAUUUGAAAGCAAACAUAACCACAGCUGCUCUUUAAAAAUACUUUAUGAAAUGAUCAGUUUGGAACAGAAUGACCUUUGAAUAAUUUGAUUUUAGAGCCAAAGUGUCAUUACUUAAAUACUGUAUUGACCUGAAUGUAAGACAGUAUUUCAGUCUGAAAAAAAGAGAACUUUUCACAGAGCAGAUCUGAGCUUUCCUUUUCCUUUGGAGAGUGGUAACUUUAGAUAAAAAUGGGUACCUAAUUUGGCACUCUUAUAGGUAACAACCGAAGUCCAUCGAUACUACGUAAAUGUAAACGGUGCUAUUUUCAAUACCGUGGUUGCACAUGACGUCACAUCCGGUUGCGUACUCGGCACCUUCUUAAGCACUUGGCCGGGAAACAAGCAUUCAAGCACUCAGAGCGGACUACAAUUACAAUUUUCUAUGUCAACAAAGCAAGAGGGAGGCGUUCAAAAGUACAGUAAGGCUCCACUUUUCAAAUGCUCUAGCUCGAUGCUAAUUUACAUUGGAUUUGCCAUAGACAUGCUGCUGAUUAGCAUUACGAUUUUACAAUGUGCUUUCGACACCUACAAAUAUGGUAAUGAAAACUACAACUAAGAUGCACAAUGUAAUACAUUUUUAACACGUUGUAGGGCUCAACAAAAGACUAAACUGGCACAUUCAACUCAAUGGCAAAGACUACUUCCUGGCUAAGGCAACACACUGUAGUCUAUACCCUACUGCCAUCUAAGGUCUUGGAAUUGCAACUGCUUGCAAAGUCUACUAUAUAACACUUGCAAAUGAGACACAGACGUGUAAGAAAACAGGAUAACAACUAUACAGCACAGUUCUGUGUUAAAUGUUGAGGAAAAACAUUUUAUAUUUUUUCAAACAAUUAAUAUUUACUAACACAUUUCAACACAGGUACCAAAAAUUGGUACCUAUUUGUAUCGAUUCUGAAGGUCCGGGAAUUGGUACCAUAUCAAUUGAAAUAUGAAAGGUACCCAUCCCUAAUUUUAGACAAUGACGAUUAUUUGACCCUUUACACAAAAUCAUGUGUAGAUAAAUAGUGGUAAUUGUUUAUUAAUGGUGACUUUUACACUUGCACAAAUCAGCAUGUCUAAAAACGGUCGUCUUAUGUUUAGGUCAAAACAGUAAAAGAAGAAUAAAAAGAAGCCAUUUUAAAAAUUGUUUUAUUAUGGAUUUGACUAAACAUCUGCAUCUCUUUGGGACUUGGCAUGAACUUUCAAUUGUGGAUGGCCGGUCUUUGAUUUCUGCACUCCCACAAAACCAAAUGCAUUAUGGGAGGUUUCUUCAAUCUCUGGGAUUUAUGACUUACACCGGUGGGAAUGUCAACAUUGAUGAUAUUGUAACCACACGCUAACACGACAGGCACUCCCCUCUGCAUGCAGGGCUUACACAUGCAAGGCACAAAGGUCAGGGAACUCACUCUUCAAAAAUUUUUUCUAGCGCCACUGAAUGACUUUUGCAAAAAACAAUACUUCUAUAUGUAGUGCUUUUUUAAAUAUCCUAUCUGCACAGAUUUAAAACUGUGACUACUCCAGCUUUCUAAUAUCCUUUCUGCUAACAUACUGUAGAUGUGAAUGGUUCACAGGGUGGCAUCCUUUCUUCCUGAAUAUCCUUUUUAAAUAGGCUGUGACCCCAAAAUAGCAAAUAUUUCUAUUGUUGGACCGAUACCCAAAAAGCCAUGAUGUGUUGCUGGAUAGGUAAACACUGUAGAACCCAAGGAGCUACUGCAGGUGUGUGUAAAACUGAAUGUAGCUUGACAUCGCUGUAGAUCAAUCAGAUCAUAUUUUUUGUGUGUCUGCAGACUUUUUUCUUCAGUCUCUUUUUUUAUAGGAUCAGGACAAACUCUUUUGCAAUUUAAUAGCAUUUUGGUUCCUCUGCCCUCGGUUAAACUGUGGGCUUUUGAAAUGCAAAGUCAUUUUCUCUGCUCCAAGGGGUCAUAAUAACCCUUCCGUCUCACUUAAAAGUGUAAAUAUUGAUCCACUCCAGGUUUGCAUACCCUUUACCUCCUUGACUGUAAAACACAUACUUUAGCUUUACACCAUUUCAGGGAGGUCAGUAAGGAAACAAACAUUAUUUGUCAUGUUUAUUUGUUUAGUAUGAAAGCCCUUUCACUCUGCUUUUAGUGGGUUUUUUGAGCGAUGUUAGGGGCGGACUUCACUUUACAGUGUUUCUACUCAAAAAUGUGGUUAUUCCACCACAAAGGCCACAGAGAAAAAUUUGAAUUAUUUUUUUUUACUUGGUACCACCUCAAGGAAUAUGUAUACUUUGCUUUACAAGUGCCCCCGCAUUUACAAGUGAUUUUUAAUGAAUUGAUAAUGAAAAUAUUUUAAAUAAAUCCAUACAUUUGAACAUUUAUUUUAUUCGUACAGCACAUGUCAUUGAUAUAUUUGUGAUUUUAUUUUAAAUAAACAAUGUCAAAUGAUGGUGGUUAUUUUUUAAUAGCAUUUGAUGGAGCCCACGUAGCACAGUUUGAGAAUAUUCACUUAUGUUGUUAUUCUUCACAUUCUGGCAUCACCUGAUUUUUUGGUUUCCACAAGAUAUGACUUGUUCUGUGAAGUGAUCAUUUGUUCUGCCCUUAUCGCCUACAAAUAUGUAAUGCUGCAAUGCAAAAGCACAGUUUUCUUUUUAAUUUGUUUGCUGUGAAGUCUCGCCACUUUUCAUAUUUAAUGAAUAAACGUGUUUGCUAACUUCUAAUGCAUGAUUAUUUUCGCUCUUUAAAACUGUCAGCUUUUGUUGACUGUCUUCAGUAUGACAUUGUUAUGACAUCGCACUUAUAGAGAAAUCCCAACUUGUCUUUUUGAGCAAUAGGUCAAGUAUACUCAUUGAUUACCUGACUAAAAGUCUGACAUAUGGCGCCAGCUGAUUGAUGGAAUGAUCAAUGGUAUUAUUGCAAGUUUCUGUUGUGGUGUCGGUGCAGCGUGAGGCAGAAUUGGUGCAGUGCAAAUCCCUUUUGUAAUGGUGCAGCAAUCCCUCCUUUCUCCCCUCUCUGUUCAGUUUCGGCACACUGAGGUUUAUGUAAAAACCUUACGUAAGACCAUCACUUGUACCAGCCCAUCACAUCAAAGCUGGAGUGAUGGAAAAUGCGUGCUGCAGGUUUGCACAUGAGCAUCCUCAUCUGCUUCUAAGUGUUCUUCAUUGUGUUUGUGCUCGGAACCUUCUGUUGUUGGUGCACGACAGGUGGCCUUGGGUUUGGUGUUGACAACAAAGCGGUUUUGCAAAUGACUGAAGUGGACAAUAAGGGUGGGAGGCAAUAAAAUAAAGUCAAAG